AUGGAAGACAAGUUUGAUGAAGGUCCGCGCAACUACAACGAUGAGUCAAGUGCCGUUGAGUUUGAUGAUCAAGACGAGGACGAAGAAAAAGAAGAAGGUAAAACUGACGACGACAUGGACUCGAGCGACGAUGACAACGAAGACACCAGGUCUUCAAAGAGCAACAUCAAGAGACACACGCGCACUCAAUCACUUGAGAAAGCUACCGUCAUUCCAAGUCCCAAGCGAAGAACGUACAGAGGUCCGUCGCUUGAGCAUGUGUCAGCGGCUGCAAUGGAUUUUGAAGCAGCCUACAUCGUUGAUUCAGUGGGGGAAAUGCCGACUACGUUCAAGUCGGCGAUGGAAUCAAGCGACUCCGGCAAGUGGAAAGAAGCGUGUGACUCGGAGUUCGAUUCGCUUCAGAGAAACGACACGUGGGAUAUUGUGCCUCUUCCGAAAGGUCGCAAGGCCAUCGGGUGCCGAUGGGUUUUUCGUGUAAAGGAGAAUCAAGAUGGCGAAGUUGAACGUUUCAAGGCAAGACUUGUGGCCAAAGGAUUCUCACAGAAAUUCGGAGUCGACUACGAAAAAACUUUCGCACAGGUGGCCAAGUUCACAUCGAUUCGUGUGGUGCUCAGUAUGGCGGCCAAGUACGGCCUAAUGCUACAUCAGAUGGACGUCAAGACAGCGUUUCUUAACGGCUCCCUCAACAAAGACAUCUACAUGGACCAGCCGGACGGAUACCUGGAUGCAACACAGCCGGACUAUGUGUGCAAGCUAAAGAGAUCACUCUACGGCUUGAAGCAAUCGCCUCGCAUGUGGAACCAAACAAUCGAUGGGUUCAUGAUCAAGAUGGGAUUCAAGAAGUGCGAAUCGGACCACUGCAUCUACAUCAAGCGAGACGACCAAGACAUGAUUCUCGUGGUGCUCUACGUCGAUGAUCUCAUCCUGGCCAGCAGCAACAACGAACUCCUCAAGUCGACCAAGAUGGCGCUGAGCAAACGCUUCGAAAUGACGGAUCUCGGUGAGCUCGAUUACUUUCUCGGCAUGGAGAUCAAGAACGACCGUAAGACGGGAAUGGUGACUGUGCAACAAACCAAGUUUCUCAAGUCCGUGUUGACCAAGUUCGGAAUGGAUAACAGCAAGCCAGUGAAGACGCCUCAAGAUCCCGGCCUGAAGCUAACCAAGAACAUGUGUGAACAAGAAUGCAAGCACGAAGACACCAUGUGCAACGUGCCAUAUCGAAGUGCUGUCGGAGGCAUCAUGUAUCUCAUGGUUGCCACACGUCCGGAUCUAGCUGCUGCAGUGGGAUCAUUAUCCCAGUUCUCGUCCGACCCAUGCCCGACUCACUGGCAAGCUUUGAAGCGUGUGCUGAGAUACCUGCAAGCAACGCCCAAUCAUGGUCUUGAGUUUACACGUGAAGAAGGAAGCCGUAUCUGCGGGUACACCGACGCAGACUGGGCCGGCGACAUUGAGUCAAGACGUGUUGUAACUUGA